AUGGAUAAAAUCGGUUUUAUCAAAAAGGAUAUCUACAAUCUUGAAUGUAGUGUGAAUGGGAAGCUGAGGAACCACGAUGUUGAAGUAGUGACCGAGUAUUUUAUGACCGAGUAUUUUAGUCGAUGUUUUUGGGCAGAUGCAACUUCUAGACGGGCGUACGGGUUUUAUGGGGAUGUUGUUGUGUUCGAUUCCACAUUCAACACGAAUAGAUAUGACUUGACAUUUGCACCAAUGUUGGGAGUUAAUAACCAUGGUGGCGAACCUAAAACGAUCAUUACAGAUCAAGAUGCGGCAAUGAGCAGAGCGAUUUCAAUAGCCUUCCCGACUACAUUUCAUCGACUUUGCAUAUGGCACAUCACAUCAAAGUUCUCUGUUAAAUUACCACAUUCUGCUUAUAAGGAGUAUUGGCGUGAAUUCCAGAAAGCCAUAUGGGAUACUGACAAUAAGGAUGAGUUUGAUGCAAAAUGGAAUAUUGUGGUUACAAAGGCUGGUUUGACUGACCAUCCAUGGCUAAGUUCAAUGUUUGAUUUAAGGGAAUCUUGGGUUCCAACCUACGCACGACACUUUUUUGCCGCUGGAAUGUCAAGCAGCCAAAGAGCGGAAUGUUCCCAUGGUUUCUUCAGGCAAUACAUAUCAAGGAGAAAUUCGUUGAUGGAUUUCACAAUAAGAUUUGAGAGGGCACUUUCUCAUCAACGUCAAAAAGAGUUAGUUGCUGAUCACGAAACAAGAGUGGCAGAAGUCGUAUAUGUCAAAGAUUCUGACCACGCAUCGUGUAGCUGCAAAAGAUUUGAAUUUGUUGGAAUUAUUUGCAAGCACAUCCUAGCAUUGUUCAGAAGGGACCAGAUUGAAUAUAUGCCCGAUAAAUACAUUUUGAAGAGGUGGAAGAAAACUGCGAAAUUUGGAUUGGUGUCAGAUGCAAAUGGCAACGAAAUUAAAGACUCUGCAGAUCCUGGUCUUUUAAUAAAGCGGAGUACAAUGUCCCGACUUGCUUCAGAUGUGGUUGAGGAUGCAUUAAUGUGUGAAGAAGGAUGUGAGCUACUGUCAGAGACUCUAAAAAGUUUGCAGGUGAAGUUGAAGUUGUUGAAGGAUGGACCAAGUAAUAACGAAGUUGGAGGGUCCAGCUCUCAAACACAAUAUAUGAAAGACCCUAAGAGAGUAAGGUGCAAUGGAGGGUCGAAACGAGUAACGGGAGCAAAGGAAAAGGAGGAUUAG